GUGGGUUCCUGCUCUCCUUCCCUUCCCCUGCCUCCUGAGUUCUGCAGAUUUCCAGAAGGUUUCAGACAUCCCUGAAAGACUCCAAACUUUUCAAGAAACGGCCUCUUCGAUCUUCAUGCUAAACAAUUUGAGGACCUGCUGCUGGGAAUUCUUACUAGAUUUGCAAUGAGCCAACAUAAAGGGGGGAUGGCAAACAGAAAUAAAACGGAAAAGAAAAGCAAGGAAAACAGGCUGCAAAGUUCUUCAUUUAAAUGAAACGUAUGGCAACAGUGCCCUCACUGCUGUUAUGAAAAAAAUUCGUGGAUAGUAGAUAGCUGCAAUGUGGAAGAGGAGGGACAGUCCAGCAAAUGUUUGUAACUUUCUAUACCCGUGCUCUGACUUGUUCAGUGUUGUUGAAAUCGGAGAAAUCAGUUGCAUAAAAACAGGUGCAUGAAGACUAAAAGAAGCAAUCGCAACGUAAAAUUGGAAGAAUGGAUCUAGAAUUGCUGUGAUCCUUCAAAAUAAAAGAUAAGCCCCCAAACUAUCUCCCAGCAAGAGAAGAUCUCCUAGGAAUAUUUUGGAAACUUUCAGUGAAAAAUCUGAAAAUACAAAGUAGGAAAUUCCCCAUCGUAGCAGGAGAAGAGCAGGGACAGCUGUGGAUGAAGCUGUUUCAUCAGCCGAGAGUUAGCAUAUUUCCAUAAAGGGUCUAAAGUCCAACUCCUCUUGGCGCCAAUUUGUUGGCGCCAAUUUCUUGCUGAACAUUAGGUUCUUUUGUACAGGCAGGCUUGAGCUGCCAUUCUGAGCGGCAGCCUGGUCCUUUGAUUCUCUGAGAGCCUGACAAUUGUCACAGAGCAAUAGUAGCUGACUUGGAAGAAAGGCAAGCUGUCCAAAUGAAGGUUUAAUGAAAGACACCUUCCCUCUGUCAGCACCGAUGACAAGGAAUUUGCCCUUCCUAGUGUGAAUGUUCUUGGGCGUGUGAUCUCGUGGAGGUACUGAGGGGACUCCGAAGGACCGUAAAAAAGAUCUUCAAAGCAAGGCAGCCUGAAUUUUGAUUUAUUUUUUCUUUUUGUAACAAAGACAAUUAUGUCUUGGAAGAUGCAAGGAGAAAUUAAAGGAUCAGGAGAUUCUGGAGAUUCUGGAUAUUGUGAUCUGUUGACUUCUAAGGUGACAACUGCAUCUUCUUCUGGAAGCUCCGAUGCAAAGAGGGAAAGAAAUGCUGAUAAAAAUAAAGGGUCAGGAGAUUCUGGAUAUUGUGAUUUGUUGACUUCUGAGGUGCCAACUGCAUCUUCUUCCAGAAGCUUUGAUACAAAGCAUGCAAGAAAUGCUGUUCUAUGUAAGCGCAUUGCAGACAAGAAAUUUGUUAUAGCGGCAGCUGUUGUGGUCGUUUUCAUCAUUAUUAUAAUUUCAUUGGCUGUUCCAGGUAAAAAAACAGAAACAUAUCUGCCUUGUCCUCUCCUUGAAAGCCAAAAUGUUGCCUGCCCAGAUUCCUGGAUUGGAUACAGAGGAAAAUGUUUUUAUACAUCAAAUGAAGAAAGGAAUUGGUCUCUCAGUUUAAAGACCUGUUCUUCAUUUAAUGCCUCCUUGGCUGUGAUUGAUACACAGAAGGAAUUGGAUUUUUGGGUAGAAAUUUUCCGUCCGUUUCAUUACUGGUUUGAUCUAUCAAGAGAGGUCAACCAGACCUGGAAGUGGUCCAAUGGCACUCAGUUUAAAAAUCAGUUUCUAGUGAGAGGAGAAGGCUUCUGUGCAUAUAUAAAUGGAAAAGGGGCGGAUAGCACCGUGUGUUCCCUGGAGAAACUUUUUCUCUGCAGCCGGCCAGAAAGUUGUAGGAUAACUGGAUAACACAACCUCAUCCAGAGAAGGAACUCUUGGCUUGACUAGUAUUCAUUGCAGAAGCACCUGUUUGUAGUCUCUCCUGGCACAUCCAGGUUGGCUACUGGCCAUAUAGUCUUUAGUUGUAAUCUGAGGAUCCAUCUUCAGAUCCUAUCUUAACAAAGCAAUUCUGGACCUUCUGGGGAAUUUCACAUUUCCAUGUAACAUCCAUGAUACAUCACUGCAUUAUGUUUUUAUAUGUGUAAUAAGUUCAUCUCUCUUGUCAUCAUCUUCUAAGAAGGUGAGAAUUACAGUACACCAAGAUAGACAGCUGAUUGAAUAAUGAAAUGUAUGCAAGAAAUCAACCAAGUUCAGAGAGC